AUGCCUCCAAUUACCCGCCUGGGAACACACUCCCCCCCCAAAACCGUGUCAGACAAUCCCAGCAGCAACACUGUCGUGCCCUCCGUCCAAAGCAUACCGUUUUCCUAUUCUGGAACCAAGUCCGCCUCGAGCAACGAGAGACAGGAUAGGCAAAGCACCUAA